CGCUUCACUCCCGCAGCAGUAGCACCGUCGCGGCGGCAGCGGCAGCGGCAGCUGCAGCUGCAGCAACAAGUCGGGACUUUUAGAGUAAUGCAACAGAAGGCUUUUGAGGAAAGCAGAUACCCCUGGCAGGAGUCCUUUGAGAAUGUCGCUGUGUGCCUACCAUUCCGCUGCCCGAGGUGUGGGGACCAUACCAGAUUUAGAAGCCUGUCCUCAUUGAGGGCCCAUCUGGAAUUCAGUCACAGCUACCAGGAAAGAACCCUCUUGACAAAAUGCAGUCUCUUUCCAUCCCUCAGAGACACAGACCUAGUCACUUCCUCAGAACCCCUGAAACAGGGAAAACUGCAGAGCUGUGGCAACAUAGUGAAGCAGAAACCGAGCUAUGUUAACUUGUAUAGCAUUUCACAUGAACACUCCAAGGACAGGAAGCCCUUUGAGGUGGUGGCAGAGAGGCCUGUGUCCUACGUGCAGACGUACACUACGGUGGACCUACGUGCAGACUCACUGGAUGGGCCAAGGUCCACCCCUGGACUUCCCACCUCAGAGACCAAAGCAGCUUUCGAGGCACAUGUCAGAGAAAAAUUCAAUCGGAUGGUCGAGGCCGUGGACAGGACCAUUGAGAAGAGAAUCGAUAAACUCACCAGAGAGCUGGCCCAGAAAACUGCCGAACUGUUGGAAGUUCGGGCGGCUUUUGUACAGCUGACUCAGAAAAAGCAAGAAGUUCAGAGACGAGAGCAGGCCCUGAAUAGACAGGUGGAUGUGGCCGUGGAGAUGAUCGCAGCGCUGAGACAACGCCUGACGGAAUCCGAGGAGGAGCUUCUCAGGAAAGAAGAAGAAGUGGUUACAUUCAACCAUUUCCUGGAAGCAGCUGCUGAGAAGGAGGUUCAAGGGAAAGCUCGGCUCCAGGACUUUAUCGAGAAUCUGUUGCACCGAGUAGAACUGGCUGAAAAGCAGUUGGAGUACUAUCACAGCCAGCAGGCUGCUGGCCUCCGCCGGGACGCCACUGAGCACGUGCUUACAGAUGUCUCCUCAAAUAGGAAACCCAAAUGCCUAAGCCGAGGGCACCCACAUUCUGUGUGUAACCAUCCUGAUCUCAAGACCCAUUUCCAUCCAAAAGGAAGGAGCUACCUGAAAAAGGCCAAGGAUGACAGAGCCAGCAUGCAGCCUGCUAAGUUCAUGCAUGAACAGGCUGAGUCCCCAAGAGAAUUCUGCAGACCAUCAAAGAAAGGGGAACCUCUAGGGUUUAGCCGGAAAGGCAACAUCAGGCCCAAAAUGGCCAAAAAAAAGCCAACAGCGAUUGUGAACAUCAUCUAAAAUGGUAGGUGGCUCUGGACCACCAUCACUGAGCUUUGGGGAUGUUGUUCUGGGGCCAACAUUAACUUCCUUUUAAACACAUCCUGUUGUAAGACACAUUGGGAAAGUGAAGGGCGUAACACAUUCAUUUUAUAUCCAUAUAAGCACCUGGGUUAAACAGAAAUUAACAAAACGGAAUCUCGGUGAACCAGAAUUUUUUUUUACAAGCCCCUGUAAAUUAAAAUAAGAAAGAAUUUUUAAAAAUGGAAGCAGUCUUACCUCGAACUUUUAGUAAAACGAAGCUCCAACUUCUAAAAUAAUUAGCCUAGUCUCCAGUAGUUUCCACAUCUUGAGUUCUUUGUGGUGGUCAUUAAUUCUCAGCCCCAAAGCCACACAAGAUGUCAAGCACUGGGG